UUGGCAAUUGAGACGAAUAUAUUCGAGUUUAUAGACAAAGUAUCCCGGCUAAAAUAAUGUCCAGUGAUUAUUCGAGUUAUCAAUAAAACGAAAACCCCUGAUCACCGUUGAUUGGUUUAUUGCGAGGACGACAAUUACUCCAGUGUUACUCCUUACGUGGCCUAAUUUAACAUAUUUCGGUGGUCUUGGAAUGAAGUUUAGGGCUCUACCACUGGUGUUCGAGACGAAUUAGGUUAUCAUCCUCUUGAUUAAUAACACAACGAUCGUUUCACAUCCAAUCAUUUAUCGAUUUUUGGGAGGAGACGAGAUAAUUCGGUGGCAACGCAACGUAAAUAAAUUGUUUCGACUUUAUUGUGGUUUUCGAGUUAAAAUGUCUUCAAACGUCGUCAAGCAGGUGCAGGCCCCAGGUCUCAAGCAAGUCAAAGUUGACAACUGGGGGACAUUUUUCCUCCAACGUCUCCAGCAGCUGUACGUGGAGGAGGAGCUCUUGGAUCUCACUAUUAAAUUUCCUACCAGUGAUAUCACAGUGCAGGCUCAUCGCUUAGUGAUCACGACAUGCACCGACUAUUUCAUGCAGCUGGAGCGCCAGCAGCGGGAGAAAGAGGGUUCCUUCGACGGUAUCCUGAUAAUGCCACCAGACAUGCCUUACGAGUGCGUCAAAUCGAUAAUCAGUUUCAUGUACACAGGCCAGUUGGAGUACUGGACAUCGGAGCAGAAUGCCCUGUACCGUACAGCUCAGAAGAUGAACAUGACAGUUUUGACGAAACUUCUUGAUGCUCAAUUCAAUACAACUAACCUGCAGAGCACGAGUUCCCCCUCGCCGGAGAAAUCCAACAUCUCAUUUCAGAAGCCACCCUCACCGAAGAAGUCGACUCUCUCGAAUACACCCCUGCCAGGUAGAAAACUGCCAAUCUGGCGACGAAAACUGGAUCCAAAGCCAGACGUGACACCUGGUCCUUCUCGUUUCGAUCUUCCCGAUGCGGAGGACCUCACCCUCGGUGUUUUCUCCUCCUUCGACGAUAUUACGUACAAUACGAAACCCAUUGUGAAGGCCACAGACCACUCGACAGCCCAGGAAGAACCUACAUUCAAUCGUCAGACAGACCAGGACAUCUCCAUGAAACACGACACGACAGAGGAUGAGGAUGAGGACGAUCCCAAGAAGUGGGAGAACUCCGACGACGAGUGGACACCGAACUCGAGAUCUGAUGAGGCUACACCCUCGAAACGAGUGAGAUUUGAGAUCGAGGAGAAGGAGAACCUGGAGAAACAAGAAAACUCCAAUCCAGUAGACAACAUCAAUAAUCAUGCAAAGAUAAUCCGAGAAGUCCUUAAAAAAUAUCCCCACCUCGUCAAGAACAACAAGAACAUUCGCUUGAAGAUAAUGCAGAAGGAGUCGAAAACUGAAUCACUUCCUGGUAAGACAAGGGUGUCCUACGUGGUUCUCAAGUCAGAUCACCUGAUGUCUAGCGAGGAGAAAGAGGAUAAGGUGGUGCUGGCUGAAGGUGAGAGUGGCCCAUGGAAGUGUCACAAGUGUGACAUUGACGAGGAAUAUCCUACGUACUACAUGUACAGAAGGCACAUGCAGGACGUACACGAGGAGAAAUUCGACCCCAGAGUGUGCGAGCACUGUGGCUACAAGGCAACCAAGAGGAAUAUUCUCAUGCAUCACAUGUACGUGAAGCACAACGUACCGCCGCCGAAGAGCAUGUCCUUUCCUAAAUGUCAUACGUGUAAUUAUGUGGCUUUAUCGGAGACCCUCAUGGCCAGACAUCACAAGUCCCACAGACAUGGACCAAUGUCUCUUCUGAAUUCUCAGUCAGAUGAGGUGGAGUGCGUCCAGUGCAGUGAGACAUUCAAGGACGUGAGUGAAUUGGCGAGUCAUGAAAUGAGUACUGGACAUGGGACCAGCGUGGGACCUGUCAAUGGAGAAGAUAAGGGAUACAAAUGCUCGCUGUGUCCCAAAGUUUUUAUCAAGCCUGUGAAUCUUCAGGUGCAUGUUGAGACAGCUCAUAAAGAGAGGGAGACUGAGGGAGUGUCUACAAUACCACUGGAGCCCUCUUCGGAGGCUGAGGCCCUCAGUCACGUGGCUUCAGGUAUUGCUGCAUCCUUGGGAGUCGGGGAGGAGGGACUCUGCCAAGAGCAGGAGCAACAAAUACCAUCUGAGGGUGGAUAUCUGGUUAAUGAAAUGGUAUUGAACAGCAUGGGACAGCAGGAGAACUAUAAUGGCCAUGAAAUCGAGGACCAACAGAUGAUUAUGCUGAUUGAUAAUGAAAACUAUCAGGGAGAUGAACAGCAGAGUCAGGGCCAGCCACAGCAGCUCGAAAUAUCUAGCAAUGAGCAGCUGGUGAUGCAGGGGACUGAUGAGGGAAUGAUUGUUUACAUUCAUGGGAAUGAGGACCAGAGUGCCAGACAGGUUUACGAAUCCUUCCAGCAGGAGGUCAAUCAGGAGACUGAGGAAAUCGUCGAGGAGGUGGAGGAGGUUGAGGAAGUCGUCGAAGAGGUUGAGGAGCUUCAGGAGGAGGGACCGGGCGAGCAGAUUGAAGAAGUGAUUCAAUAUGUCGAGGAGGAGACUGAGAUUGUCGAGUAUGAGGGUGAGGAGCCACAGGAGGGACAGUCCAUGAUGAUUAUCGAGGAAGAACAUCUCGAGGAUGUGAGUGACAAGCAGAAGGAGAGCAGGCAGCUUGCUCAAGAGUGGGACGAGGAUAGCACUGAUAUGAAUGAAUCGUGAAUCGUGAGGGGAAGAAUUUUUAGGAACUUUUCGUGGAGAUUUUCGUGUCUGUCUCAGGCUUAAGGGUAUGGAAAGAGGUGAAAGGAUGUGCAAGAAGUCCCGAGGUUUUUUUUUUCACUUGAUGGGGGUCAUUUAAAAAACUGGAAAAGUCCGGAUGGUUGAGAAUUCCUGCUGCUUCGGUCGUUCUCGAGGUAUUCAAGAUAUAUUUUGAAAGUGAAAAUAUGAAAAAUUUUUAUCGUCUUGAGAGCGAGUGAAUUUGGGAUUUCGGGGUAAACUGUAAAAUUUUGAUCCGAUUCUCAUUGAUUUUUAGUAGAUCAGAUUUUUCUCUGGGAACGAAACAAUCAAAAUAAAUUCAAAUUUUUUUUUCGCGAGGUGAUGAUUUUUUCGAUUUAAUGUCGUGCCCGGGUAACAAUGAGAUUCUAUGUGGGAAGAUCUGAUUCUGACUGGAGACAUCAUCUUUAUUAAUUCGCCUUGAGAACAAUAAUUGUAAGAUUAAUAAACAUUUCGAUAAAUGAAGGAGGAAUUAUUUUUAUUCAAGUGGUGACAAAAGGAUUCACUCGAAACUCGAACUACAAGUCAUCGAGUUUAUUGGACGAUUCACAAAGUUAGUUGAAAAAAAAAUGUAAUUACAAUAAGAGUACAAGAUUUGUAAAGUAGAAAAUUGGCGAUUGGUAAAUAAAUGUCGAGUGAAAUUCAUUAA